AUGCACAUGUCGUGCCAGAAUUGGCUAGAGCUGAGAAACUUCAGGUCGAAACACCUUAUUAAACCGAUAGCUGCCUACCAGCGUAGCGGCGAUCGGUGCCUUGUUUUCCCCUGGGCAGAUGGAGGAAACCUGUACGAGUUCUGGGGCACUUACAAAGGCGAUCCUCUGGCCGAUACCAAGCUCAGAUGGGUAACGCUCCAACUCACCGGCUUGUUCUCUGCCCUCGAGGACCUUGACAAAGAAAACUGCCGCCACGGAGACCUCAAGCCCGAGAACAUCCUCUUAUUUUUGAACGAGGACAAGAGCAUGACACCGCAAAUUCCCGAGAGCAUGACACUGCAAAUUGCCGAUUUAGGACUCUCUACAUUCCACAAGAAAGAUGCCUUGACAAGGAUUCGAAGAGCCGCCAACUUGGCUACCGAGACGCCUCCUGGAACAUCUCGGUACGAGCCACCAGAGGAGGACAAGAACCGAAGUAAGAAGCCAAAUUCUUGGGAGACUCGAUCAAGGGCAUAUGACGUCUGGUCCAUUGGGUGCGUGGUGCUGGAACUGCUGAUAUGGCUUACCUACGGCUACAAAGCAGUGGACGAAUUUAGGAACGAAACAAAAUACCUCUGGGAAAAGGUUGGCGGAAGAUACCGGAUUCAACAUCGUGCACAAGAACACAUCGACAACAUAUCAAGAAGAUGGCCGCAAGGUUCGAUCUGCGGUGAUCUUGUACGUUUUGUUAAAACGAGCCUUCUUGUUGUCGCAAUGCCGGACGAAACCAUAACCACCUCUCAAUGCCGAGCAACAGCGCCCAAGGCCCACACAAAGAUGAAGAACAUCCAGAGAAAAUAUCAUCCUGCGAAACGACUCUUACCAACACUUCGAGCGCUCGAUCCCUGCCAACGAGGACAAUCUGGAAGAAUUUGGUGGGCUGGUAGGAAUACAGCGCAAGGCGACGGAGGAUCUGGGGCAGGACUUGCAGUCAACACCUGCGUUGAGCAAAGCGUCCUAUGCGGCUAUGAAACACAAGGAAGUAACAAGCUUAAUGACCAUUGGGAUUCUCUCUCGGAUAACGCCUUCGCCUCCCAGAUGUUCAAUCAUGUCAACUGGCCUCAAAUAAGACCCUUGCGGACUGAAGAGAACAGCAAGCUAUGUGCCAACUGUAGCAUAACGACGUCAACAAUGUAUUCCCUGUCGGAACGUCAGCUGUCAACAAUGCAGCGGUCCUGCGAGCUAUGCGUCUUGCUCCUUGAUUCCUUGAGCCGGGCAGGUAUAACGUCGCCGGCGGUCGUCAAACUCCUCCAGACGGGUACCGCGAUAGGAUUGGAAGGCGGACCGAACCUGCUUUCGAUCUACGCUGAGCCAGGACACGACGUUCCCGCAGGAAGACAGAUUGGGUUUCCCCUACUUCCUGAGCCGAAUAGUCAAGAACAACUCUUGCUCCUCAAACACUGGAUACAGAGCUGCGAUUCAGAACACCACGCAUGUCAUCGACAUGACGGGCAAGCUACCUCGGAGAUGCCGACCCGGCUCGUCAAGGUGACCGAUCCGGUACAACUGCUCAAUUCCUGCAAGAUAGAGCCCAGUCGAUACAUAGCCCUCAGCCAUUGUUGGGGUCAGCUGCAAGAACACGAAAGAUUCUGUCUUAAUCAAAGGAACCAUAAUCAGCUCGAGGAACGCAUCGACUUUAAUCUCCUCCCCAAGACAUUUCGAGACGCAAUCACAGUCACUCGCGGCCUUGGCAUAGAGUAUAUCUGGAUUGACACGUUGUGCAUCAUCCAAGAUGACGGAGACGACUGGGAAAAGGAGUCGUCAAAAAUGGAGACAGUGUUCAGCGCGGCAUACUGCACCCUCAGUGCAGCAUCGGCCGAAUCAUCCCUCGAUGGCUUUCUAUCCCCCCGACAGCCGAGGCCAUGCGUGCGGCUACAGACGGAAGACUCUCGGCAGCUGUAUGCUUGUCCGCACAUCGAUGACUUCCGUGGAGAUGUUGAGCUGGCAAAGAUCAAUAGACGGGGAUGGGUCUUACAGGAAAGGGCUCUGUCAAGACGCUCCAUAUACUACAGCCGGACCCAGGUGUACUGGGAGUGUGGAGAGGGAAUCCGUUGCGAGACCAUGGGCCGUCUCUACAACUCAAAGGCCGCCUUUCUCGGGGACGCCAACUUCCCACGAUCCGCAUUGGAGUACUACCGCGACGGACGGCAGUUACUCAUCCAAGACUUAUACGAAAGAUACUCGGCCCUUGCGUUCACGAAGGCUUCGGACCGAGCAGUUGCCAUCCUCGGUCUACAAGAGCGCCUAGCAAGGGCGUUCAAGACACAAGCCGCCCAUGGCACUUUCGAGUCUUACUUUGCCCGCAGCAUCCUCUGGAGGCGCGACCACCACCUCGUGGAGAUGACGCCUAUUGCCCAGCCGGCCGGGCGCCGCGUUCCAAGCUGGUCCUGGUUCUCCAAGAGCGGUAGAAUCCAGUACAUGAACCUUACGUUCGAAAAGACCAAGUGGAUGAAUGACGACUUCAGGAGCCCUUUCACUUCUCAGUCAGAUAACACGGUCCCUGGCCAAAUAUCGAGGCCGGCCUGCCCCGACACCAGUUCAAUACUUCGUGGGUUUGCGCGACGCAUGGAGAUGGACGAGGGGACGCUCGCGUCGCAGGUCGUUUUCGAUAUGAAAAAUACGCACGAAGCCAAGGAUUUUCGGGCUGUGCAGAUCGGCAGGGAUAAGGACGAGGGCAACAGCCUCGAUGCCCCGAAAGUCCACGUGCUCGUUAUCUGCAAAGCCAGCAGUGACCCCAUAGACAGAAUGUAUAAAAGGGUAGGAGUAGCGUCUCUUUCACCGGAGCAAGUCCUGGAGGAAGGGGUUUGGGUUGAUAUCUGCUGA